AUGACCUACUUCUGUAAGGAAUACUGGAUGACUUCUCUCCCCGCAAAUACUAGCAGGCAGCAGAGUGCCAGUGAAUUUUUCCAAAGCCCACUUGGCAAGUGUGAAAUCUCUACUACUCUUGUAUUGGAGAGAGAAGAGAGCAAUUAUACUAUUUUAGAAGAUAGAAACAGCAGACAGCAGAAAGACCUUUGA